AUGCCCCAAGGCCAUGGGACAAGGCUGUCCCGCCCCUCCAGAACCAGCAUAAAAGCUGUCCCAGAGCGUCUCUCACUCACACACUUCACCCGAAGCCUUCUCCUCCUGCACCUGCAGACUACAGGCACCCUCCACACCACACCCAUGGCCUGCAACAGCCUCUGCCGUCCCUGCGGACCCACCCCGCUGGCCAACAGCUGCAACGAGCCCUGUGCCCUGCAAUGCCAGGAUUCCCGCGUCAUCAUCAACCCUUCCCCUGUGCUGGUCACCCUGCCAGGACCCAUCAUGACCUCCUUCCCCCAGAGCACCGCCGUCGGAUCCACCUCCUCCGCUGCUCUGGGCACUGAGCUCAAUGCCCAGGGACAGCCCAUCUCUGGCGGAUUUGGCUUUGGCCUUGGCUACGGCCUGGGAGGCCUGGGCUGCUAUGGCAGAAGGGGCUAUGGCUCCAUCUGCUAAGGGCCCUCAGCACCACCCCUGACACCACCAGCUCUGCCCUCUGCCAACAGCUCCUGCAACCAAAGCACCUUGGCU